CAUCAUGGGACAAGAACCAAGAAGGCUCUCAGAUGAGUACGAGAUCUCAGAGGUGUUAGGCCGAGGAGGAUUCUCAGUUGUGAGAAAAGGAAAAAGAAAGUCGUCACCGGAACAAUACGUGGCGAUCAAAACGCUGAGAAGGAUAGGCCCUUCAACUCCGUUGUCGACGACGAAAAACCGCGGAAUGGCCACCGGAAUAUUCCCUACAGCCAAGCAGGUGUCCAUCUCCGAUGCACUUCUGACGAACGAGAUACUCGUGAUGCGGAGAAUCGUCGAGAACGUGUCGCCCCAUGAGAACGUGAUCGACCUCUACGACGUCUUCGAGGACGACCGGAGCGGCGCCGUUCACCUGGUGCUGGAGCAUUGCUCCGGCGGUGAGCUGUUUGAUCGGAUCGUGGCCCAAGAUAGGUACUCCGAGGCCGAAGCUGCAGCCGUCACAAGGCAGAUCGCGGCGGGAUUGGAGGCUCUUCACCGGGCGAAUAUCGUGCACCGGGAUUUGAAGCCGGAGAACUGCUUGUUCUUGAAUGGAAGUCAGGAUUCUCCGCUGAAGAUCAUGGAUUUCGGAUUGAGUUCUGUGGAGGAGUUUACUGAUCCAGUUGUGGGGUUGUUUGGUUCCAUCGAUUAUGUCUCACCAGAGGCUCUUUCUCAGGGAAAUGUCACUGCUAAGAGUGAUAUGUGGUCAUUGGGUGUCAUCUUGUAUAUUCUGCUCUCCGGGUAUCCACCGUUCAUUGCCCAAUCAAAUCGGCAAAAGCAACAGAUGAUAAUGGCUGGGGAUUUCAGCUUUUAUGAGAAAACUUGGAAGAAUAUCUCUUCAUCAGCGAAGCAAUUAAUUAAGAGUCUACUAACAGUUGACGCUGAAAGGAGGCCCAGCGCUCCAGAGCUGCUAGAUCAUCCAUGGGUGAGAGGUGAUUCAGCCAGGGAAGAUCAAAUGGACGCCGAGAUUGUAUCCCGACUUCAAAGCUUCAACGCUCGGCGCAAACUUCGCGCCGCAGCGAUUGCCAGUGUCUGGAGCAGCUCUAUUUUCUUAAGGACCAAAAAGCUCAAAUCUCUACUUGGCUCCCAUGACCUUUCACAAGAUGAGAUUGAAAAUCUCAGGAUUCAUUUCAAGAAAAUAUGUGCAAAAGGGGAUAAUGCCACUCUAUCCGAAUUCGAGGAGGUGUUGAAAGCAAUGAAAAUGUCGUCUCUAUUACCGCUAGCAGCUCGCAUCUUUGACCUGUUCGACAACAAUCGCGAUGGGACAGUCGACAUGCGAGAGAUACUUUGCGGCUUCUCCAGUCUCAGAAAAUCGCAGGGUGACGAUGCUCUCCGCCUGUGCUUCCAGAUGUAUGAUACAGAUAGAUCAGGAUGCAUCACCAAGGAAGAAGUAGCUUCCAUGCUCAGGGCCUUGCCUGAAGAGUGCCUACCAGCAGAUAUAACUGAACCUGGAAAACUGGAUGAGAUAUUUGAUCUUAUGGAUGCAAAUAGUGAUGGGAAAGUUACCUUUGAGGAAUUCAAAGCUGCCAUGCAGAGGGAUAGCUCACUCAAAGACGUUGUCCUCUCCACUCUUAGGCCGCUAUAA